AUGGGCGACAUGGCAAACAACUCGGUUGCAUAUGGUGGAGUAAAAAACUCUUUGAAGGAAGCUAAUCACGAUGGAGACUUUGGAAUUACACUCGCAGAGCUGCGGGCCCUCAUGGAGCUCAGGUCCACUGACGCGUUACGGAAGAUACAGGAAAGCUAUGGAGACGUCUAUGGAAUCUGCGCCAGGUUAAAAACAUCUCCCAAUGAAGGUUUAAGUGGAAACCCUGCAGAUAUAGAAAGAAGAGAAGCAGUAUUUGGAAAGAAUUUUAUACCUCCUAAAAAGCCAAAAACCUUUCUUCAGCUAGUAUGGGAAGCAUUACAAGAUGUCACUUUAAUUAUAUUAGAAAUUGCAGCCAUAGUAUCAUUGGGCCUUUCUUUUUAUCAACCUCCAGAAGGGGAUAAUGCACUUUGUGGAGACGUUUCUGUUGGAGAAGAAGAAGGUGAAGGUGAAACUGGUUGGAUUGAAGGAGCUGCAAUCCUCUUGUCAGUAGUGUGUGUGGUGUUAGUAACAGCUUUUAAUGACUGGAGUAAGGAAAAGCAGUUUAGAGGUUUGCAGAGUCGAAUUGAACAAGAACAGAAGUUCACAGUCAUCAGGGGUGGUCAGGUCAUUCAGAUACCCGUAGCUGACAUUACUGUUGGAGAUAUUGCUCAAGUGAAAUAUGGUGAUCUUCUUCCUGCUGAUGGCAUACUUAUUCAAGGCAAUGAUCUUAAGAUUGAUGAAAGCUCAUUGACUGGUGAAUCUGAUCAUGUUAAGAAGUCUUUAGAUAAAGAUCCCUUACUUUUAUCAGGUACUCAUGUAAUGGAAGGCUCUGGAAGAAUGGUAGUUACUGCUGUAGGUGUAAAUUCUCAAACUGGAAUUAUCUUCACCUUACUUGGAGCUGGAGGUGAAGAGGAAGAGAAGAAAGAUGAGAAGAAAAAGGAAAAGAAAAAUAAGAAACAAGAUGGAGCUAUUGAGAAUCGCAACAAAGCAAAAGCCCAGGAUGGUGCGGCCAUGGAAAUGCAGCCUUUGAAGAGUGAAGAAGGUGGAGAUGGUGAUGAAAAAGACAAAAAGAAAGCAAAUUUGCCAAAAAAGGAAAAAUCUGUUUUACAGGGGAAACUGACAAAACUAGCUGUUCAGAUUGGCAAAGCAGGUUUGUUGAUGUCUGCCAUCACAGUUAUCAUUCUUGUCUUAUAUUUUGUAAUUGAUACCUUCUGGGUUCAGAAGAGACCAUGGCUCGCUGAGUGCACGCCAAUUUACAUACAGUAUUUUGUGAAGUUCUUCAUUAUUGGAGUUACGGUUUUGGUGGUGGCAGUUCCAGAAGGUCUGCCCCUUGCGGUCACUAUCUCACUAGCUUACUCAGUCAAGAAAAUGAUGAAAGAUAAUAAUUUAGUAAGGCAUCUGGAUGCUUGUGAAACCAUGGGGAAUGCUACAGCUAUUUGUUCAGAUAAGACAGGAACGUUGACAAUGAACCGAAUGACAGUCGUUCAAGCUUACAUAAAUGAGAAACAUUAUAAAAAGAUUCCUGACCCUGAAGCCAUUCCACCAAAUAUUUUGUCCUAUCUUGUAACAGGAAUUUCUGUGAAUUGUGCUUAUACAUCAAAAAUAUUGCCACCAGAGAAAGAGGGUGGAUUACCUCGUCAUGUUGGUAAUAAAACUGAAUGUGCCUUGUUGGGACUUCUUUUGGAUUUAAAGAGGGAUUAUCAGGAUGUUAGAAAUGAAAUACCGGAAGAAGCACUGUACAAAGUCUACACCUUCAAUUCUGUCAGAAAGUCCAUGAGCACUGUCCUGAAAAAUUCAGAUGGAAGUUACCGAAUAUUCAGCAAGGGUGCAUCUGAGAUAAUUCUGAAAAAGUGUUUCAAAAUCUUGAGUGCUAAUGGUGAGGCAAAAGUAUUCAGACCAAGGGAUCGUGAUGAUAUUGUAAAAACUGUGAUUGAACCGAUGGCAUCAGAAGGCUUGAGAACCAUAUGUCUUGCAUUCAGAGAUUUCCCAGCAGGAGAACCAGAACCAGAGUGGGAUAAUGAAAAUGAUAUUGUCACCGGCCUUACAUGCAUUGCUGUUGUGGGCAUUGAAGAUCCUGUGAGACCUGAGGUGCCAGAUGCAAUAAAGAAAUGUCAGAGGGCUGGAAUUACUGUGCGGAUGGUCACUGGUGAUAAUAUUAAUACUGCUCGGGCUAUUGCCACCAAAUGUGGUAUUUUACAUCCUGGGGAAGACUUUCUUUGCCUCGAAGGUAAAGAUUUCAACAGGAGAAUACGAAAUGAAAAAGGAGAGAUUGAGCAAGAGCGGAUAGACAAGAUUUGGCCAAAGCUUCGAGUGCUUGCAAGAUCAUCUCCUACUGACAAACAUACACUGGUUAAAGGUAUAAUUGACAGCACUGUAUCCGAACAACGCCAGGUUGUAGCUGUCACUGGUGAUGGUACAAAUGAUGGCCCGGCAUUAAAGAAAGCUGAUGUUGGAUUUGCAAUGGGUAUCGCUGGAACUGAUGUAGCUAAAGAAGCAUCUGAUAUUAUUCUCACGGAUGACAAUUUUACAAGCAUUGUUAAAGCAGUUAUGUGGGGACGAAACGUCUAUGACAGCAUCUCAAAAUUCCUUCAGUUCCAGCUUACCGUUAAUGUAGUAGCAGUGAUUGUUGCUUUCACGGGCGCCUGUAUUACUCAAGACUCACCACUUAAGGCUGUGCAGAUGCUAUGGGUAAACCUCAUCAUGGACACGCUUGCUUCACUGGCUCUGGCGACCGAACCCCCUACUGAAUCUCUCUUGCUUCGGAAACCUUAUGGUAGAAAUAAGCCUCUCAUCUCACGCACAAUGAUGAAGAAUAUUUUGGGUCAUGCAUUCUAUCAGCUUGUGGUUGUCUUUACACUCUUGUUUGCUGGAGAAAAGUUUUUUGAUAUUGAUAGUGGAAGAAAUGCUCCUUUGCAUGCUCCUCCAUCGGAACAUUAUACUAUCGUUUUUAAUACCUUUGUACUGAUGCAACUUUUCAACGAAAUAAAUGCACGGAAAAUUCACGGUGAAAGAAAUGUGUUUGAAGGAAUCUUUAAUAAUGCCAUCUUCUGCACGAUUGUUUUAGGCACUUUUGUAGUACAGAUAAUAAUUGUGCAGUUUGGUGGAAAACCUUUCAGUUGUUCAGAACUUUCAAUAGAACAGUGGCUAUGGUCAAUAUUCCUAGGAAUGGGAACGUUACUCUGGGGCCAGCUUAUUUCAACAAUUCCAACUAGCCGUUUAAAAUUCCUCAAAGAAGCUGGUCAUGGCACACAGAAGGAGGAAAUACCUGAGGAGGAGUUAGCAGAGGAUGUGGAAGAGAUUGAUCACGCUGAGCGGGAGUUACGGCGUGGCCAGAUCUUGUGGUUUAGAGGUCUGAACAGAAUCCAGACACAGAUUCGAGUGGUGAAUGCAUUUCGUAGUUCUUUAUAUGAAGGGUUAGAAAAACCGGAAUCAAGAAGUUCAAUUCACAACUUUAUGACACAUCCUGAGUUUAGGAUAGAAGAUUCAGAGCCUCAUAUUCCCCUUAUCGAUGACACUGAUGCUGAAGAUGAUGCUCCUACAAAACGUAACUCCAGUCCUCCGCCCUCUCCCAACAAAAAUAACAAUGCUGUUGACAGCGGGGUUUACCUUACAAUAGAAAUGAACAAGUCUGCUACCUCUUCAUCCCCAGGAAGCCCACUACAUAGUUUGGAAACGUCACUCUGA